CAAAUAUGUCAGUGUUUGCAAAGCGGUCGAUCGCUGAAGUAAUGAGCGAAAUCAUGUGAAAAAAAUCGUCUACGAUAAUUUUACAUUGUAUAGUUACCUCUUAAGUGAAUUUUAAUAAAUCCAAUGUAAAAAAGGACAAAAUUUAUAAACGAAGUUGGAAUUUACUAGCAAGAUGGCCAAGGAAAUGAUGAUAGUGUUUGUGUAUGACACACAAUGCUGCAUUGCCGAGGAGGAUGACCCCAUCAACGCUGUUCUGUACUUCCACCCUGGUUGGGUGUCCGACACGCAGCGGCAUGCCUUAGCUGGACAGGUGGUAGGCGCCGCGCACUGCGUCAAGUCGCUGUUCUCUCAGGCCACCGCCAUCACUCUACAAAGCGGCAAGUUCAUCAUCAGGGAGUACGGCAGAUACAUUCUGGCCAUAGGCAGCGACCGCAACAUUCCCGACUGGGUGCUCAAAAACCGCGCGUCCCUCCUCACGUCCAUGAUCAAAGUGUACCACGGGGACCUGCAAGCUCUAGCUGUUCAGAUGGAAGACCAGAAACGGCUCUCGGAGAAGCUGUAUCAGAUCUUCGAGACGUACUUGCCUGUGCUGCAGUAUGGAUGUCAUAUCUUCCAGCGUGUGCCAAUGCUUAGCCUACCAAAGAGUGCCACAUCAGUGUAUCUGGAAUCCAUGCAGAUACUGGAGCAGUGUCGUCGCAACCGCGGCGUGUUGGGUGGUGUCGUGCUAUACAAUAACAAAAUCGUCGCAACACUCCUACCACCAAGCCUCACGUCCUACCUAACCGUAGUAGACCCGUACCGGAUAAAGUCUCCUGCAGAGACCCUUGAAACAGAAACACCACUACCGCUAGGCGCUCAGCUGCUGGUGGUAUACGUGGCUAAGAAGAUGUAUAACAGCCUCAAGAAACAAGCUGAGAAGAUGCAGGAGUUCAGCCACAAUGGGGAGGAGAUGAUUGCUAGGUUUAAAAAGAACCAAGAAUCCGAACGGGACAAGCGCGACUUUCCUACCGGGAUGAAGCGAGACAAAUCCCUCCUGUUCACCGCCGUGCCAGAAGAGGACCACACGAUGAUCUCCCCUCCCACCCGCGACCCGCACGACCCCCCUCCCCCAACCAUGCCCGACGUAGUCCCUUUCACCAACAAACCUAGACCAAGACCAAAUAAGUUGUCUCUCAGCUUCAAAACACAAAUAUCCGUGGACGAGGAAUCAAAGGAAAACGAAACAGUAUUCACAGGACAAACUAGUGUCUGCUCCACACCCAUGCUGGAAUAUAAAAGACUCCACGGAAACAUGUUAUCUAUUUGCCAAAACCCCGACCCGCAGAAAGAGAAACUAGAAUCAGAACCCGACGUCCUAAAGAACAUAGAAAAUUGUGCCAAAGUCAUUGAGAACGAAAAGCGAGACAACAAAAUAGUCUUAGACAUAAACUGCAUCGCUGAUCAUUACAUAAACAAACCUGAACCCAUUCGGAAAAUGGCGAGCGUUAUAGACAUACAGGAAACCUUUAAAAACGUGACCAAUAGAGCCACAGCGAAAUUCAAAUUAAAAAGAUCACAUGUCCCUUUGAGCGAUGAUAUGUCUCCAGACCAAAUGCAGAAAAGCGUCAGUACGAUGACAAUUAACGAUCCUUCGUUUCCAGUAUUCAGAAAUGACGGGAUCGAGAUAUCAGAGUCCUUAUUCAACCAGUAUCUAGAACAACACUACGCUAGCAUGAAACAGGAUUUAUCCAAAGAAGACAACAUGUUCACUUUUAACAUGAAGCUAUGUGAGCAAGAUAAAUUCGAAGGCUUCGAUUCGGAGUUGACGAAAUCGCCUCAACGGACACCAAAGAAAAUCCCUAAAGAUUCUAAAACCGUUGAUCAGUCCAGGCGAAAAUCGUUGUCAUUACCUCUAAAGUCUUUAUCGGAAAGCUCAGAUUCGCAGAUCGGUUCGGAUUCGUCGGCUAGCUUUAAGAAGAAACUAAGUGGUGUGCAAUUGACGCCGCUGAUGGAAAAGCUAAGUCACCUGGCGUUUUCGGAUAAGUCGAGCGGGUACAGCAGUCGAGUUAUGACGCCGCUCGAGCUAAGAGAGUUUACUCCGGCGGCUGAACGACAAAUAACGUUCAAUGACAGACCAAAAACCCAGCGCCAAGACUCAGAAUCGGACUACGAUUCCGACUCUGAUUUAGAGCACCUACCUUCCUACACGCAACACGCCGUCAAAUGCGGGUUAUUCGUGAGCGGCCUCCACAACAUGGCGCUACUAGCGCUCGUGGACGUCGGCGCGGCUGACGACAUCGACGUCAUCAACUCCUUGUGGGAAACCUCUCUAAACGCACUGGGCCCCAUCGAGCAAAAAUGCAUGGAGCCCCUCGGCGCAGGCGCGGACGACGCGAGCGACUACAGCUAUCUCACUCUCGACCCCGAUUGGGGCACGGUGCGCAAGGGCGGGCCGUGGGCCGCGCUCGAUAUAGCCACCAUGGGGCUCAUACAUCACGAGUUGGCUGAAGAUCCUGACAUGUCGGAGAUGAUUCUAAGGAGCGACGAGAGCUGCGUGGUGGGCGUGUCGAUGGGCGGCGCGCAGAUCUACUACCAGGAGAGCGCGGCCCGCGGCCCCGGCCCGCCCGCGCCGUCCGACCCCCUCGCCGCCGCCGCCCUGCGCGCGCGCCGCCGGCUCCACCGCGACCACGCCGCCACCAUCAUAUAA